CUAUCCCUCCAUCCCUCCAUCCAUUCCUCUAUCUACCUGCUUAGCAGUCAUAUAAUUUACAAUCUUAACAUCUUCUAUACCUGGCAUUAGAGGUGAUGAUGCCCCAGUCAGCACAUCCUGCUUCCAGUGACCUUUCCACCUACCCAGCAGUUUUUUCUCCUGAUGAGCAGUACUUCAGAGCAGGUGGAACUAUGCCAUUGGGCUGCAUCAAGGCAGAAAUGAAAUCCUCAGUGCUGGAAGCUGGGAAGUACUGAUGGCGGCUGUGUGUUGCUGCCUGAUGCCGUCCCCUGUCCUUAGGAGCUAACUGCAGCUAGGGAUGCUCAUGUUGUGGAUGAGUUAAGUUGUGCUGCAGGGCACGAACCCUUAGUUUGCUGCCUGUAAUUGUCUGUUGUGUUUCCCAUCACUGCGUUUGCAAUGCUGAGCAGACCUGUUGUGUCUCGAUGCUGACAUCUGCCCAGCCGACCUUUGGGCUGCUCUCCAGCUGCCUCCAGUACAAGCACUUCCUUUGAAAAGAUGGAUUCAUUACCGCUUUAAUAGAAAUUAUUACACCAUUGUUUCAGGCAUUGAGCCGAAAGUGCAAAAAGAACUAAUUUGUCAAAAUGCCAUUUGGGUUUCCCAAGCCAUCCUGCACUCUGGGAAUAGAAGAAAUGCUUCUCCCUUGUUUUCAGCCAUUCAUAGUGUGUGCCAUGACUGCUCCCUCUGUGCGGGUUACAGGGAACAAACGUUGCACCAACCACAGCUGCACCCAAAGGCAGCAAAUGUGAGCAGGUUGUGUUUGCUCCCUGGGUCCGACUGCACACCUCUGAGGGGAGGCAAAGCAUGCUGGUGCUGCCUCUUCCAAAGAUGUUCAGCCAGAAUAUUGGGUUACUUGCAGUUAACGAAUCCUCAUGUCUUGUAAUUCCUCGUGCAUUAAGAUUUAUUUUUAUGGGGGUGCUGGAAAGAUGCUGAUUAGGUGCAAAAAGCACAUCUCUGUGCAUUGCUUGUUUAACCUUUCCCAUCCCCUUGCUUUUGGGAUAAUGCCUGGCUACGUUUCCAAGCUGCAAAUCGCCUUUCGCAGUUUUCUCACUUUCUCCAAAAGGGAGCACGAAGGAAAGCCACGUUUCGGGAUACAACCCUCUGCAAUUGCAAUUACAAAUGGACUCUGGCUGGCAGAAUCAACUGAAAGCAAACCGCAGCUCUGCCUAUUGAAAAAUUAACCAUUGCUUGCCAACAGCCCAUCAGCCCCACUCAGCGGACAUCCGCUCACCGGCGGCGGGCCGGGUCCUUUCAUGCACCCUGCUUUACACGUUAACGGGUUGGAAGUCGCGGGCCGGUGCUGACCUUUCACAUCUGCAGCUCUCACAGUAGGAAUCUCCACUCGCUGCUUCCUGUCAGGGUGGAUUAGAGUGACGAAGCCCAGCGCUCGCGCUGGCUGCCAUUUCGUUUUUUGAUCAGAAUUAUUUCUUUCACAAACAAUCACGUUUGCUAAAAUGUUACAUCUGCUCUGAAAAGCCACUGGCAGACCCGCGGUUUAUCAGUGUGAUGCGAGUGUAGCUGUAGAGCAGCUUCAGGUGGGGUUGGGGGGCAGCUUCCCAACCUCCUCCUCCCCUCUGUUCACUUCUGUGUUUUCUUCCAUUAGUUUUGUUGGGCUGAAGUGUUGAAGGCCAUGGACUGGAAGGGCUUGGUGGGGCUGGACCAGCACCAUCCGCUAUUGCCUAUUCAUCACUCUGUAGGAAAGUGGAAUUUGCUCUUAGGUUCCUCAUUCAUUACAGGUGUGAUUUUCUGUGUGCUGGGAUGAGAGUAGCAGUGGGCAUUCCAAUACACGCUUGUGGAUGGCCAAGGUGCGAGAGGCUUUGUUCCAUGGUGUGCAGUGCGUGCCUGCAGCCAGCAGAAGCUCUGAUAUAGAAACAGACCUGUGCAGAUGCGCUUCCCUACAGCGUGCACUUGUGCAGUUCUGAAAGAAGUGUGACCAAGUGGUGUUUGCUGGCUGUUGUGCAUGUGCCUGCCUGAUCCAGCAAAGCAGGAGAUGUGAUGGGCUGCCUAGGGGAGCCCUUACAGAAUGAUGAGGUGGCUGAGGUUGGAAAGGACCACGUAGGAGAAAGGCAGCAAGAACCCAUGGACCCUCUCAAAACCUUCCUCUCUCAAACGAUGGGAGAAUUCCCAAAGGGAAACAUGAGAAGAUGCCUGUUCCUACUGUUCUUCCAAAGCCUUUUGUCACUUCUGGACUUGAAAUGCAUGUCUGCAAAAUACUGGUUGAAUGUUAUGGUGCCUUAUACGUGAGAAGCCUGACAGUGCUCCCGUUCGGCCUCGUGCUGAGUUCAAUGUGUUCACCUGAAAUCUCUGUCCUACCUGAAAAGAUGCAUGUGUCAACUGUUGUCCUCUGCUUUAAAAAAGCCUGCACACAGUGCAGUGGUAAGAGAAUAGUGAAGGAUGGUGUAGUCAUAAGAGUGGCAGGUGCUUCUCUUAAUCCAUCACAAGGCGAUACCUUUCUUAUCACUCUUUGAUGUCUUCUUAGGAUCAUAAGGAGCAGAGAUGUAGAGGAUUAGCAUAGGCAGGGACUGCUUGCCCUUGGAUAUUCAGCAGAGAAUAUUUUGUAUAUUAAACUGGUAAUAUGUGUCAUCUUGGCUGAAAGACGAAGGAAAACUUUGCCUGAGCACUCCUUAUGUUAUCAGCUGUAUGUAUGGCACGAGAACUUCGCGUCUGCAGAGUGAAAUCAUUCCUUCACAUGCAAGUUAAAAGCACUGGGGGGGGAAAAAGGAUAUAUUAGUUCUGCUGUGGCCAAGGUCUGUUCUGUCCAAAGUGUGAUGCAAUGGGUUGAUGAACUUCCCUCUUCUUCUGCACCAAUUUGGAUAAGCCUUCCAGGGGACGAAGCACUGAAGCUCCAUAGAAGAAGAUGUGGGCACACAUCGUUGAGGCGUUGCAUGGACAAGUUUCCCUUUGCUCUGCAGAGGCGUUUGGAUUUAUGACACGAGUUGCUCUACAGGCAGAGAAGAUGAAUCACCACCCGGAAUGGUUCAACGUCUACAGCAAGGUUCAGAUCACCCUCAUUUCCCACGACUGCGGCGGGCUGACCAAGAGAGACUUGAAUCUGGCUCAGUUCAUUGACAAGGCUGCUGCCUCCGUAUGAAGCAGUGCCUUUCCCCACUGGAGUGGUGGAUUUCAGCUUCAAGUCGGGCUGUGAUGUCUCCAGUUCCUGGUGGAGGAAUGAAACGAGUCUCACCCAAAGUUUGGAUGGUGUCUGCAAUGAAUGGUGCAAACUCUGCUGUUAGAAAUUGAUACAGAAUGCCAACGCUUUGCAUCAAGCCAAUAAAAUCAAAUUCCUCCUUUGUAA